UGAAGGGCGUCAGACCGGAUGUCAACACCUCCGCCCACAGAAGGGCUGGUCAUGCGGCCUGCACUGCUGCGAGAUCCGAGGAGGAUAUCAACACGGAGAUGGCGAAACUUUCACGCAAUACCUUUAACCGGGACUGCUUUUCGGGUUGAAAUACGGUAGGCGUCGUCUGUCAGUGACACUGGCGUCUCAUCGAGCGUUUUGGCUCCGUGGGGCGGACAUGGAGCUGCCGGAGGGAGAAGCGGAGGAGCGCAGGAGAGAGCACUGGAAGCUGUUGUCCAGUCUAAAGACCACAGUAGAAGGCCUUGUCUCUACAAAUAACCCAAAUGUGUGGUCACGCUAUGGAGGCCUUCAGCGCUUGCACAAAGACAUGAACAACAUCCUCAGUCAUGGACUCAGGAAUGAGCAGGUCUACUACAGGCAGAAGGACUACUGGCCUUUUGUAUCAUGUGUUCGAUUCAUCUGUCCCCAUCUUGCUGCACAUGUUGAACAGUUCAUUCGCCUGGAGCCAGAAGUCAACAGCGGAACUUCAAAUACUAGUGAAAGCUACAAAGCAGAGCGCUGGCUCCUUCACAGUUUGCAAGUUCAUAGAUUGUCAGCACAACUGCGCCCUCUGCUCAGGCAUCUGGGACAUGUGCGUAAAUACUAUAACGAUGAUGCCUUCCUGCUCAGCGAGCCUCAUGUUACCGCCAUGUUUCAGUGCCUUGAAGCUGUGGAGCAGAAUAAUCCCAAACUGCUGGCCCAAAUAGACACAGUUGGGUUGUCCCCGCUAAAAAGCUCUCCUGGCAUGGGUCUGUUGAAAACCCAGAGCCUGUGUGUGUUGCCCGGGUCUGGGGGUGCAUGGAGAAGUAUGGAUUUAACUCCCAAAGGCAUCUCUUUAAACCGCAGACUCACCACUUCCCACUGUUCCCUGCGUGAGGCUGAUUCCAGCACUCCCAACACUAGCCACUCUGCAGAUUUCAGCUUCCAAAAUGGGAACAGUACAAAUAACUUGUCUGCGGCAAACAGCUUGGGACCUCCAUGGGUUUGUGUGUCUGCAGCGGGAGACAGCGAAGCAGGCACCACUCCGGCUGUAGGCCACAUUUCUACUCCUUGUAUCUCAUUACCAGAGUCUCCAUCUCCACUUGAAACCUGUGACUCUGGUGAAGGGGACUUUGACGAUGGCCCAGAGUACCUUGCUAUUGGUAACCUGGGACAACGGAAUCGCCAUGACUCCAGAAGCUCUACCCCCUGUAGUGAUCAGGGAGAAAAGAAGGAACAGAAUACUAAAAACAACUUAUUGGCUCCACCUCCACCAAGGCGCUCAUCUUUCUCUGAGGGACAGAGGGGGCCGGGCCGGGGGUCCCGUGGACAUGCUCGGUCGUUUUCUGAUACAGGACUCAAUCAAAAACUCAGGAAUGAAUCAUCAGGAGAUGACCGUGUGAAGGAUUAUAAUCCAUUUGCACCACAGAGCAGUGAUUCCAGUACUCCUAAUUCUCUUUAUAUGGAGUCCGAUGGAUCUCAAAGCAGAAGUGUUUCUGAUGGGAUGUUCAGGAAGCCCUCAGAGGGACAGAGCCUCAUCAGCUAUCUGUCUGAGCAGGACUUUGGCAGCUGUGCUGACCUUGAAAAGGAGAAUGCUCAUUUUAGCAUUUCAGAAUCCCUAAUUGCAGCCAUUGAAUUAAUGAAGUACAACCUGCGGCGUCAGGAGGAGGAGGGGGAGGAGGAGGGGGACAGUGACUGUGAGAUUCAGCAGCUCAAACAGAAGAUUCGACUGCGCAGGCAACAGAUCCGCCGUAGCCGCCUGCCGCCCUGCGCAGCCUCCAGCCAUAAUUUUCACUCCACAGACAGUGGCACUUCCAGACGAAGCUCCCAAGACUCUUACCAGGGCCUGUCUGACUCUGGUUCAGCAGAAGAGGUGGAAGAAUGUGAACUACGAGAUGGCUGUGAGGGGCAGUCCCUGCUGGCAGUGUCACAGAACGGCCUCUCGUUGUCUCUCGCCUCCCUCUUCUCAGAUGCCGACAUAAAACGCAGUGUAAGCUCCAGUGGCAGGUCCUUCCUAAGCUCAGAGUCCAUCAGCUCUCCCACCUUCCUCCAGUCCAACUCUGCAGAGUCGGUUGCCAUGGGUUUGCUCCGGCAGUUUGAAGGCAUGCAGCUGCCUGCCGCUUCUGAACUCGACUGGCUGGUCCCAGAACAUGAUGCACCUCAGAAGCUAUUACCUAUUCCUGACUCGUUGCCCAUUUCCCCUGAUGAUGGCGAACAUGCGGAUAUUUACAAACUGAGAAUUCGUGUUCGAGGAAACUUGGAAUGGGCUCCUCCUCGACCACAGAUCAUCUUUAACAUCCAUCCUACUCCCAAAAGGAAGAUUGUUAUUGCAAAACAGAACUAUCGCUGCGCUGGUUGUGGCAUUCGCAUUGACCCAGACUACAUUAAGCGACUACGUUACUGCGAAUAUUUGGGUCGCUACUUCUGCCAGUGUUGUCAUGAGAACGCACAGGCUAUUGUACCUGGCCGAGUUUUGAGGAAGUGGGACUUCAGCAAGUAUUAUGUUAGCAACUUUGCCCGGGACCUUCUAAGUAAGAUUGCUGGAGACCCACUGUUUAACCCUAAUGACAUCAACAGUGGCCUGUACAAGAAAAUCAAGGCUCUGGAGUCAGUCAGGGUUUUAAGAGUGCAGCUGUUGCAUAUGAAAAACCUGUUCAAGACCUGUCGAUUUUCCAAAGAGGUUUUGGAGCAGUUUGACACUUUGCCUGGUCACCUCACAGAGGACCACCACCUCUUUUCGCUCAAUGACCUUACAGCUGUUCGCAACGGGGAGCUGGCCCCUCGAAUGAAAGAGCUGCUCAAACUUGGUACAAGACAUGUAGCUGGCUGCGUGCUGUGCCAGGCAAAGGGCUUUGUGUGCGAGUUUUGUGGCAACGGAAAAGACAUUAUCUAUCCCUUCCAGCUCAGCAAGUGCCAGCGCUGCGAAGAGUGCCAUGCGUGCUACCACCGCAACUGCUUCAAGCCAGGUAGAGAGUGUCCUCGCUGCCAGCGUCUUGCGGAACGGAGGGAGAGAAUGGCUCGGAAAAACAUGGAAGAACAAGAAGACGAAGGAGGCGGGACGUAAAGCAGAGGGAAAUUAAAUUCAAGGAAUAAAGACGGAGCAUAAACUUGACAAAAGUGAUUGUAGUUACUGAAGACCUCAAACAUGCCUACUGCUGAUGUUAAUGCGUGUUUAAUGUCAGCCCCUUUGUGCACUUUAAUUUGUAAAGUUUUAAUCCAGUCAGAUUUUUGAAUUUCUUUAUAUUGACUACUUGGUUCUUUUAAGUUUGUUGUAGCAAUCAACCUGUGGCUUUUGCAUCAUUUGGUAAAGUAGUCGCUUCAAGAAAAAUAAAUAAAAAAUUACCAAUUUUGCCACAGCUUAACAAAAAUAAUUUUAAAUCCUGGGCACAGUUUUACACUUUUGUUCUUUAUAAAACGUAUGGAACUUCCUUUCUGGCAGAAUAUGAAGUUGUGUUAAUUGUAAAGAGAGGGCCAAAGAUGACUUAAGUUUGUAUUACUGAUCUGUAUUUUCAAAGAGUGUUUUUAUUGAUCUUUGAUAGAGUUUGAAUUUUUGUUUUUACUCCAGUUUAGCUGCAUUUUCUGUAGCUUCUUUUUUAGCUCGUGUUUGAUAACAAGACUAAAUGGCUGGCACUAUUUCAAAAAGUUUAUAUUGUAAGUUAAUUUAUUUGACCAAUUCUCUCUUCUUGGCACUCCUUUUGUGCAAAGUUUUUAAAUGAAAAAAACACUUUGUGGAACUGGGACCAAUGAACUUGAAUUGACAGAGCUGGUUACAUGAGAUAUUUAGACCUGAUGAGAGAUUAUGCAAAAUUAUUAAAUGUUCCAGAUACUCUACCAGUUGAAAGUUUGGACACUCCAUCUCAUUCAGUGUUUUUUCUUUACUUUUACUACUUUCUAAAUUUUAUAUAUACACACAGAAGACAUCAAAUAAGUGAAGCAAGACACAUGGAAUUAUGUAGAAAAGAAAAAAGAUAAAUAACUACUAAAUAUUUUUCAACAAGGCAAACGGUGGCUACUUUGAUUUAAAUCUAAAAUUAAAAAUGAGUAAUAUUAGAGUUACCUUUUGUUAUUUUUACUCCAUAAUUGUGUAUAUCUCACUUUUUGUAUAUGAUAUCUUCUGUAUCCAUCUAAAAUAUAGAGAAUUGUACAAAUUGAAUGAGAUGUUGUGUCCAAACGGUUGACUGGUAGUGUAUGUGAUGGUUAUAUGUCCCACAGCACUUAGAAUAUUUGGGAUUAAGUCAUCUGCACUGGAAAUGUUUUAAAAAAAAAUCACGUCUUCACCUACCUUCAAUACAAUCUUAGGCCUAUGUUAAAAUUCAUCACACAGAUCUGUUCUAUUUGCAGGUUUUUUUUGUAUGCACUGGUGAAAAAUAUGAGAGACCACUUAACAAUGAAGACAAUGUGAUGCUCUCAAAUAGACUGCGUGUUAGCUCACUACUUUUAUUACAACAGCAGCUGUGUUAUCUGACUGCCUUAAAUCAUAUAAUGCUUUGAAGGUUUAAAGUGCAAUACUGAUUACAAAGUUAAUUAUUGUUAAGUUUGAUUUUGUUAUGUAUGUUGUAAUUAUGUUGUGAAUACAAUAAAUGAUUGGCUAGACUGUUA